AUGUCUGAAACUGGCACUUGUGGAGCCUCACAAAUAGAGAGUGGAACCAUUAGAGCGGGAGUUAGGGCCACCACCCAAACCCCCUCCAUUGAGGAAGCCCCAAAGCUGGAACUGAAAAUACUACCGACUCACCUCAAGUAUGCAUUUUUGGGUACUAAUGAAACUUUGCAUGUUAUACUUUCUGCAGAGUUAUCUGAAAUACAGGUUGGAGCGACAUUGAGGAUCCUAAAGCGGAGAAAGAAAGUUAUUAGAUGGCAGAUGGCUGACAUUCAUGGGAUUAGUCUGGCGUUAUGUAUGCACAGAAUCUACAUGGAAGAGGAUCACAAACCAAGUGCACAACAUCAACGUCGACUAAAUCCUUUGAUGAAAGAAGUGGUGAGAAAAAAGGGAGGUAUGACAGUGGUAAGGAACGAAAAGAAUGAGUUGAUUCUUACUAGAACAGUGAUCGGGUGGAGAAUUUGCAUGGAUUAUCGAAAACUAAAUGAUGCUACCCGGAAAGAUCACUACCCCGUUCUCUUCAUUGAUCAAAUGCUUGACCGACUAGCAGGGCAAGGGUACUAUUGUUUCUUAGAUGGAUAUUCCGGUUACAACCAGAUCUUGAUUGCACCCGAAGAUAAAGAAAAAACCUCGUUCACUUGUCCUUAUGGUACAUAUGCUUUCAAGCGCAUGCCAUUCGAACUUUGCAAUGCACCAGUGACUUUUCAAAGGUGUAUGAUGGCCAUUUUUCAUGAUAUGGUGGAAGACUUUGUUGAGGUGUUCACGGAUGAUUUUUCCAUCUAUGGGAAGUCUUUUGAGGUAUGUCUUCGAAAUCUUGAUAAAGUACUUGCUAGAUGUGAAGACACUAACUUAGUUCUAAACUGGGAAAAAUGUCAUUUUUUGGUAAGAGAGGGGAUAGUGUUGGGACAGAACGUGUCUAAAUCUGGUUUGGAGGUUGAUAAGGCUAAGGCAGAAGUUAUUGAGAAAUUGCCCCCUCCCAUUUAUAUAAAAGUUAUGCAUAGUUUUCUUGGUCAUGCAGGUUUUUACAGGCGAUUCAUCAAGGAUUUUUCCAAGAUUUCCAGACCUAUGUGCAGUCUUUUGGAGAAGGAGAAGAGGAACUUAAUUGAGGCUCCCAUCUUAAUUGCUCCUGAUUGGGGAUUACCAUUUGAACUCAUGUGUGAUGCAAGCGACAUAGCAGUGGGUGCAGUGUUCGGACAAAGAAAGAAUAAAGUGUUCCACUCGAUCUAUUACGCAAGCAAGACCCUUGACUCUACACAAACUAAUUACACAGUGACUAAGAAGGAGAUGAUGGCUCUAAUGUUCACCUUUGACAAGUUCAGAUCAUAUUUGAUAGGUACUAAAGUGAUUGUUUUUACUGACCAUGCAGCUAUUAGGUACCUAUUCUACCAGAAUGAUGCUAAACCAAGGCUGAUUCGAUGGAUUUUGCUUCUUCUAGAAUUUGACCUUGCGAUCAAAGAUAGGAAAGACAUUGUGAAUUUGAUAGUAAGUGGCGAUUAUCCUUUGGGUGCAACCACCCAACAAAAGAAAAAUCUCAAUCAUGAUGCCAAGUUCUAUAUCUGGGAUGAACCAUUCUUGUUCAAGCAAGGUGUAGACCGGGUAGUGAGAAGGUGCAUUCCGGAAUCCAAGGGUCACAAAGUGCUAAAAAGUUGUCAUGCUAGCCCAUAUGGAGGUCACCAUGGAGAAGAGCGCACUGCUCAUAAGGGUUGUGAUAAAUGCCAAAGGUUGGGUACUAUUUCAAGAAGACAUGAGAUGCCGCUAAGUAACAUUUUGGAGGUGGAAAUUUUUUAUGUGUGGGGUAUUGACUUCAUGGGUCCCUUCCUGCCAUCUAGUGGAAACCAAUACAUUCUUGUGGUUGUGGAUUAUGUUAGUAAAUGGGUUGAGGCGGUCUCUCUUCCUUCCAAUGAUUCAAGGGUGAUGAUAAAGUUCAUAAAGAAGCACAUCUUCACUCGCUUUAGCACUCCAAGGGCAAUUAUAAGUGAUGGAGGUUGCUACAACUUACCAUUCUCAAACGAGUGGCCAAGUGGAGGUUUCAAACAGAGAGGUGAAGCAAAUUUUGCAGAAAACGAACAUCAAGCUUAUUGGGCAAUCAAGAGGUUAAAUUUGGACCUCGAGCUAGCCGAUAAAAAGAGAGUGAAUCAGUUGCAUGAACUUGAGGAGUUUAGGCUCCAUGCGUAUGAGAAUUCCAAGCUUUACAAGGAAAAGACGAAAAAGUGGCAUGACAAAUACAUAGUUGCUCGAACUUUCACCCCCGGAGAACAGGUCACAAUGGCUCCAAAAGGGAAGAGUGUGGCAGGUUCUAAGUGGAGUAGGAAGGGUGAAGCAUUCGGGUCCAAAAAUCGAGAAACAGUCUAG